CAUAUGAAAACUUCGGUGCUCAAAGAUACCGAUCGUCGACAGCUCGGUAGUCUCCUCGACCGUUUUCUAUUCUAAUUCCGUUUGCUAUUCUGGUACCGGUGAAGGCAGCCAAUGGGCAACGCGUCCGUUCAUCUUACACGCAACUACACCCCUCUUCUCGUGGUCUCUUCAUCUCUUCUGUCGUGUACAUCACCACCCCCUUCUCCGUGUCGAUCGCAGUCGCUCUCGAGGCAUCGCGUAUCGUGGAUUAAUCCUAUAUUCGUUAUGCUAUUCUUUCGUCCUUUAUCGAUCGUUACGAUUAUCGGUUCGUUUCUCCUCGUGAUAAAUGUCAAAUAUCUAAAAUUGAACCGGUCAAAUUGAGGAACAUCCUCGAAGAUUCUAUCAGUCAGGACUAUCCUGAAAGGAGAAUAACGCCUGGUGGAGAAAGGGUGCGAUGCAGUGGCGACGACAGAAGAAAGUCACCCACGUGAUCGGCUCUUCGAAUCAUGUAUUGCUCUUAGCAAGGUACCAAGAUGCUCCACCCGGUGAGGAAGAUGAAGAAGAGGGUUUACGAAAGGAAUAUGUGAAAAAUCAGGAAAAGGACACGAACACGCACACCUUCGAUCGGAAUGGACAGCAGAGUGGUUACAAACCACGCCGAGCCGGUACCAGCACCAGCGGUGGCAGUACGAGUGGUUACGCCAGCAGCGGCUCAAGAUCGCAUAGAGAUGAGAAUGCGGGCUCCCCAUUACAGCCCAAGAUCAUCUUCAACGAGGAGGAAUACACGAGAAUCACGACGCCACGGCAGGAUGUUCUUUUCAAGAAGGGAUAUCUCUCGCGCAAGAAACCCUGGACCGGAAAUGCGAGCACUAGCGCUACGCCAUCGACCACGGAAAGUCAAUCGGCGUCACAUUCCACCGCAGACGGCAGUGAAACUACAGAAGAUCAACAGUUAUUGGAUAGGGAUACCGGAACGGGAGAAUAUCCGCCCAUGGUAGAGCCAGGAACUCAACUAGGAUACGGAACAUUUUACGAUCACGCGAGUGGUUACUAUUAUGAAUAUCCUGUGAUGUUGGUCGGACCUGCACCAGUACCUGCUGUUGGACCAAGUGUUCUAGCGACUGUACCAUGUGGCCCGGUUCCUCUAAGACCAAUCGAAUGGAUCAAUCCUGCCUUUGUGCCUAAACUUGCCAAUCAGCCAUAUUGUUUAAUGGACUAUCAAACUAACCAAAGUACAGAACCGGCCACGAUAGUGGAAGAGCAUAACGGCAUGGCAGUGACAGCGGAAGCUUCCAACAGUAUGUGGAAUGAGAGCGGCACUGGUAGCGCCAGCUGUAGUGGUAGCAUAGCCGAAGAAACUGAAGAACAAACCGAAGAAGUAGACGCAUCGACCAUGGAGCCAUACACUAUGAAGGAGCAGCUCAUAGAGGAACAGCCUCUAGAACAGCUGCAUCUUGAAGAACAACAACAUUUAGAGAAUGGCGUAACGACGAUCGAUCCUUAUCUAGAUCCAUUAUUGAUGCAGGAGCCGGUACAUGUGCCACACGUAAUGCCGGCUGUACCACAGCCGUAUAUGUAUCCUGGUCACUACAUGUUUGGGCCGCCAUUGGUCAACGUCAAUGGUGUUACCAUCCAGGGCGGGCCAUUAGUGAGAACCAUGGAUGUAACGGCUAUGACAAUGGCGUACGCCAAACGGAGAAAAAAAAGAAAGAAAAGAAAACAGAGAAGACCUAUUUUGGGUAAUACCGAAGAUGAAGAGGAAGGGGAGUACAGUUCCGAAUGUGAUAAUGAUAUAUCGUCUUCCCGAUUACCUUGGUCAGAAUGUCCAGCAACGACUGCGAGUAUAACUACGACAACGGCUGCGAAUUGGCCACUCAAUCCCGAGUGCCAGGAAUUUCAAUUACGGCCGACCAUCCAAACUCGAAUCCUCUCUAGUCCUGUUUCGACACCCGUUGUCACUACUGUGGCCGAAGAAGUUAUAUCGUCUGCCAACGAUGUAUCGGAUGUAUCAUCCUACGUCGAAACUGAACCCUCCAGCCGCCAGACUGAAAAGACAUGUGAUUCCACUGUCCAAAGUCCAACGAAUCAAAAAGACGCAACAAUCUGCGAUACACAGCACAUCUUUACGCCAGUGGAAACACCAGUGGAAUAUAUUCAUUCGGCAAUAGUUGAACACAAGCCAAAGAAUAAAAAUGCAGAAAGCAUUAAUAGUCAAGAGAAUCAUCUAGUCGCAGAUGUGACAAACGAGACUGCGGAAAAUAGCAAUGCUCUGAUUGAUCACGAAGAGUUAUUAAUCGAGAAUGAUGGUUUAACCAGUGCCAACGCGAAGCAUGAGCUAUUCGAAAGUAGCAAUGAUUUUAAUGUGACAGAUAUGUUAACUGCAAUGAAUAACUGCAUCGAAUAUCCUGGAGAAGGUUUAACCAAUGGCGAGAGAUACUCCGAACAUUUUAUCGAUUUAACGGAAAAGUCAAAAUUGGCAAGUUCUCAGGAUAAUUUCUCCAAUUCAAUUACAAUAGAGGUUAACGAAAAACGAGAGGAAGAGGAAGUUCGACAGUUACAACAUAAUAACAAUUCGUCAAUUAUGCGAACAACAUCGUUCGUAUUGCCCAAAAAAUACAGCAAAAAAGGUUCGAAAUUUGUGAGAGAACCUACUCCGGGACCGGAUUUAGACAUGGAGAACGGAAAACUUAUACAACAAUUCGAAGCCGUCGAGCUGUUGGAGGAUUCGUGCACAGUCGCGAACAACAAAUUGGACGAGACUGAUCAAGAAGCGACAAACAAUAAGAUCGCGUUAGAGAUGCACAGUAACGAAAAUAAUAAGACUAAAACGAAUCAGAAUACGAUAGAGGUUUUAAACGAGGAUUCCGGAUUCGAGAGUCAAACUCGAUUAUCGGAAUAUCCCAUCACAGCCGCUGUGAAGGAAUGGCUACGUCGGGCGAAUUCACCCGAUCUUUUCGUGACAUCGGCGUCAACCUCGGAAAGCGAGACGGAUGAGGACGACGAUGAAGAAAUGGAUGCUAAGCCGCCAAAAAACUUGCAAGGCAACCCCAUGCCUGCACUAUCUGCUAAUAGCGGCGUCGACAACGUUACAUUGUUGUCACGCACGGCUAGCUGCGGCGAAUUCGCAAGGACCAACAAUAACAACGUCAAAAACAAUCAGAUGGAGGAUAAUUCGACGUUAAUAUCGAUCGGCAGAAGAAAAAGAGAUGCGAAAGGUACAAAAAGAAAAGGAAAAGCGAAGAUAAUCGAUAAGCGGAACAGAAAUGUUGAUGAGAAGACGCAAAAUCAAUUGGUUUCCUCGUUGGUUUCCUGUAAUCGAUUGGAGGACUUCGUUGCUGCCGUGAGAUUAAGAAAUACGCCGAAAAACAAUGUUGGUGACGUUUGCGAAUUUACUCAGAAGGAUAGCGUUGCGGGUAUGAGGGUUGCUUUAAGUUCUCGGAUAAACUCGAAAAGAGUUAAUGCAAAACGAAUAAAGACAUCGAGAAAAGUCAAUAGAAAUCACGUUGAAAAUAUCGAUAUCAAAAUGCGACGUAUAGACGUUUUAAAUGAUGAGAAAGAUAAGAAAUCGAAGGAAUACGGUAUGGUGAGUGUACGGACGUUUGAGAAAGGGGAAAUCAUUGUCUCGAAAGAUGGCAAAUUAUUACCGAUGUCCUUGUACGAAGCUGUUCCAUCUCUUAAUGGUCAAGAUAAUUCAAGCGCGAUGAAGACCGCUGCUCGUAUCGAUAUGAUCAAUAAAAAUACAGAGGAGACCAGAAAUAGCAGCGAGAAUGACGAAAAUAGUAUAAUGAUAGCGUCCUCUGUAAGCAUAGAGGAGCCUGAUGUAUUGGAGUGCUGGGAAGCGGAAACUAUAGAACCUGUGAUAACCCCGAGAAGGAUGCUGCAAAGUCCGGGGGUCCUGUACGAGGGUGAAGCUGCGGAAGAGGAUAACUUGGAAAUCGAAAGAGCUAUAGUGGAACAUGUGCAGAAAUAUUAUAAGUUGGAGCAGAAUAGCGCUAUCAGUGUAGAGGAAGAGUCGAGCGAGGAAUUUAGCACGUCAGUAAUCUCAUCAAAACCGAAAACUGUGCCAAAUAAUUCUGAAAAAAUCAUUGAGCAUUUCUGCAGCGAAGAGAUUCCGAUCUUUAUACCGAAUAGAAAUCAGGCUGUUGUUUCGGAAGAUGAAAAAAUACCCGUCGAUGAGGCAUUCGAAGUAUAUGAGAGUUGUUAUACCGGAAAAUCGCCGUUCUUAGCAUUCGAUUCGAAAAUAUUCAAGCAACGUCCUCUGUAUGGUCAGAAUAGUGAAGGUCCGGUACCGUGCAGAGCAGUAUGCUGUAACAUACAAUAAUAUUGGAAAAUUUCAGAUAUACCCUUUAUCACAAACUUUCCUUCAAAUGAGAAAAUAUAUUAUUAUAACAUAGAAUGUGUAUAGAAGAAGGAAAUUGUGUGAUACAGAAUAUAUUAUAAUAAUAUAUUAUUCUAAUCGCGCGCGUCGAAAGGCCGUCCUUGUCGAAGUAGGCCAUAAGAUGUUGCGCUUUUCUCGGGUAUAUCAGGAGGCACGUAUAAGUACGUGUAUAAAUACCUCUUCAUAAGUCAAAACCAAAUAUUUUACCUCCUAUUGAGCAAAGAUUUCGAUAUUCGAAUCGAUAUUCUUUCGAAAAUUCAAUGACACGCUCAAGAAGGACUAAAUGUUGUUUCGAAAGCAUUGCAGAUCCAUUUUUGUAAAUAGUUGUAAGAGUUUGCUUUGUAAUUGUAUUCUUUGUGAAAAAUCUUCAAAAUUUUAUGUGUGUGGAAGCAUGCGUGUAGUAUCAUUCUACAAUAGUAUUUUACUAUUGUCAUUGAGAACAUUGCCGUAUGUUAUUCUUCAUAAAAAAAAAAAAACAAAUUCGCAAUGUUAGCUUUUAUCUGGACCGAGCUUAUCAAGAGGCAAUACGUUGUUUUUCGCGAAUAUAAAAAAUGUUAUUUUAAAUGAAAUGAAAGAGAGAAUUACACACAUAUGAAGGAAUAUUUGUCGAGGCAUAGAAUGCCAAGCUGUUAUUUUUAUUCUCACUACGAUAUCUCUCAUAACAAUCUGCCUCUGGAAAUGACUAAAGCAUUAUUUUUACAAUCUACAUAAAAGACAUGAAUGUUAAAAGACUAAGAGUUAUUGUUGCACGUGAUCACGUUGGAUGGCCUUUUGCUUAGGGAAGUUCUGACUGCUCACAAUUUUCAACUUAGCAUCAUUGGAGUAUCCUGUGCAUAUUCAUCUGUAAGGUUUUAAACCUUUUUUUUCUAGUCGAGAAGGGAAAUAUAUAUUGUAUACAGAAGAAAAUCGACAGAAUAGAUAGUCCAAUAAUACAUGCUUUUAAAAUAGCGAUACGUAAUAACCAUACAGGAUGUAAUAUCACAUUCUCAUAGGAGAUACUAGUUGAAAACGAGCAGCGAUAAAACAGUGAGCUACUUGUAGAUGUACCUUAGCCUGUUGAAAAGUAUAACGAAAUGUAUAUAGAAAGCUUAUGAUGGUUAAAGAAUAAUAAUCUGCAUUGGAGAUCGGUAAAUGUCUAGAAUAAAGAUUAUUAUAUAGAUUUUUUGGAAACUCUGCUAUGAUAUGUAAUUUAUGUCGCAAAAUCCAUAAAAUUUUUCCCGCUAUCAAUUUUAAAGAUGUAUCAUUUUUAAGACAUUUUUUUAAAUUAAUGUACUUUCAUAUCUGGCACUUUUUAUUACAUAAAUUUAUCUUUCACAUCUCAAAGUUUCGAAAAGAUAAGAUGAUCUUCACUCUAAAUAUUUACCGAAAAAAAUCAGGAAAAAAUAAAAAGAUUUUUUUUCUAUCAUAGAUGCGUUUCAGAUCGGAAUCGGAUGAACGCACCGCAAAGAGAUGCAUAUGUGUACUUACCACACAUAAUAAGCUAUAACACUUGUUACGACAUAGUUCACGCUUUAAUUGAUUUGUCAAGAAUAGAUCGAGAGUACUUUAGGUUGCAUAUUACGUAGGUCAAUUGAUAGACAUGGUUCAUGAAAUCUCAUUGCAUACAUAUAUCCCAUAUCACAAUAUGCAUAACAUAUACCUCAAAGAAAUAUGUAAAUACAAUAUCGAUCAAUCCAAAAACAAUUAGAGAAACAUGAUAAGAUGAUAAUAUCAAUAAUAUAUAAAAACAAUGAUGAGAUAAUAAAAUGAUAAAGUUAGUUAUUCGCGAUGCGAAUAAAGGAUAAAACAAUGCUGGUAAAGAUGAUAAUGAAAGAAAAGGCGAUAACAAAAUUUAUUAUCACAUAGCAGCGAUAUAUAUACAUAUACACCAUUGUUCCUGUGCAAAGUUCUAGUUUCCUUAAGCAUACGUAUAAAUCAUUUCCAAGAUGAUCCGUAUAGCUCUACAAACGUUCAUUCACACCAAAAUAUAUUAAAUAUAAGUACGAAUAUAUAUCGUUAAAUUGAAAUGCGCGUUGCAUCAAUUGUGUGCCUUAUUCUGUGGCGGCCGUUUUUGUAACUAUUUCAAAGCACUCUCCUUGAUAAUAGUCAGUAG